UUCCGGCGAGCAGCUUAAGCUGAAAGUAAAUGGCGCGUGAAGUCUUGCGGUAGCUCUCCGCGGGCAAAAGACAGACUCCGUGUGCCUUCAACCAGAACAAUUUCUUUCUCGUAACCUAUAAGAAACAUUAUCAACUGGCAGUAUCGCAAUCUAGUGGCAGGGUGGUACGACUCCAUCGCUCCAUCGCCAUUGGAAAGAGGUUCCUUUCACUGACUGCACAUCAGCGCAGAACAGCUCCUUGCAGGCAUGCCGGGGAUGUGGUGCAGUCUUUCUGCGUUGCUUGUUGUUCUAUACUGUCUGGCUGUAAUGGGACAAGACACACGUGAUGCGCCAGCAUUUCCGACUUCAACCUCUGCUGACACGAGCACCGUUACGCCACAAAACGCAUUGGAGAAAUCUGAGUCGACUGUACCAAAGUCUCUUGUAGAGAGCGAUACCAAGCCGCGCAGCACAAGUGAAACAACAGCUGUUGUAACUGGUGCCGAUGCGUCGCAACAACAAAGCACAUGGAAACCAUUCGCGUAUUCUCAUCCACCUGAGCCAACUCCCACUGCAGUGACUCCAAGCCCCAGCACCCACCCCGCAAACAUCACAGGGAGCUCACCAACGGUGUCAUCUCAGUCCCCAACCACUGCGCCCAUUGAAGGUACAACUGGAAGUACCAACCAACCCACUUCCAGAACAGUAGGGGCCCUCUCCACAACAGGGUAUCUGUCCCAAACAACCCAAGGCGAGACUUCCUCUCAGCCGGCCACCACCCACCUGAUGGAAUCAUCCACCACUCCUGGGCUGGAAGAGGGGACAAAUACCAAUGGAUCUGUGCAUUGGGCGACGGAUGAGCCCAAAACUGACCUCACCACGACUGAGGUCACAUCGUUCUCUACUCCAACCACCAAUACAUCGGAGGGCUUCCUCGGCCCAGAUGUGAUAGGUAAAGGCCAGCAUCCUCCAUCCAGGGGCGUGACUUCCACGAAGACGCCAACUCCGGGCGCCCGUCCAACAACCACUGCCAGCACAGCGGUGACGUCCAGCGGCAAACUGAGGCCAGCCAUUCCCACCGCCGUCAGAGUCACCACCAGAAGUCGCGACCGUCCUACAACCGCUCAAGCGGCAACCAAGAAAAUUGGCCUGGUGACUCAGUGCCUGAUAGUCAUUGCUUUCCUGGCGGGGGUCUGCACCAUUUUUGUCAUCUGCACCAUCAUCCUCUGCACCAAGCUGUCUGCACAGAGUCACAACUACAGAGUUAAUCAGAUGAACGGCACGGAACUGACAUGUAUUUCUGCUCUGCUGCCCGAGGAAGAACGAAAGAUGAGGAAAAAGCUGAGGCCAAAGCGGCUACGAGAAUUCACCGAGACCUUGGCUGGGAAAUCCAGUGACACCGAUGACGAUGACCUUACCCUCCGGAGCUUUGUGACUGAACACUAGAGCUGUGCAUUACGUGCAGGCUCAGAGUCACCCGCCUAGGCCCUAGAUAGUCAUGUAGUAACGGGGAUGAACCGAGGGUCGAGCUUUGAUUAAACAAUAUGAAAGAAACUCUACAGACUUUCUAUUACUGAGUUAUCAAGCAGUUUCAAGCAGUCGUGGUUUUCUCUCUGCUUUGUUGUGCAGGACUACCAGCAUCUGCAGUUCCUUCCUAAAUAUAUCAAAAUAUCCUCAAGGUAUGCCAACUUUGAAGAAGUUUCUCCUCUCGCCGACGAGAGUUUUCUGCAAGUCUGAAGAGGGUCUCAACCCGAAACGUCACCCAUUCCUUCUAUCCAGAGAUGCUGCCUGUCCCGCUGAGUUACUCCAGCAUUUUGUGUCUAUCUUCUUAUGUAUCUUCUUAUAAAGCUUUGGUGGUGAGCGGACCUGUUUCAGUUCAUGUUUGACUGCAAAGAUCGGGUUGCUAUGCAGAACUUUCAUGCUCUAAACACAUUUUUUAGACAUCCUAGGUAUAAAUAAAAACAUUUUAAAGAUGUUUUAUUGUGGACUUGCUUCAGCACAUUGAGGGAUAUGAUCAUUGGAUGCAAAGUGUUGAUUACGGAUUAAGUCACAACAUGUUCCGCGGCCCAUUUGAAGAAUGUUUGCAACUGGAAUGUUUGCACAC